GGGUGGCCUAAGAAUAGUAAAGUGCAGCAAAGAUAUUUUGUAAACAGAGUACAGCCAGAUAAUACCAACAGGGUUUUCAUACCUUCAACCUAAACAUUUUUGUAGUGUCACUGAUUCAACAAGUGAUAAGGUCUAUAUUUUAUCGGAUUAUACUUGGUAUACUCGAUCAUUUAUUGAUAAAUGGAGUUUACAAGAAAGUCCUUUGUGUAUAUUCAUUUACUAAUGGUGCUUGUACCAUUACUAGAAGCGGCCUAUCAAGCACAAGAAAGAUACAAUGAGGAACUUCAUGAAAAGCAGCCAGAAAUAUGUAGACAUGCAAAUCAAGAAAUGAACAAAGGAGUUCUAGAGAAACUGAGACCCUCUAAGAGCAUGGAAGAAUUUCUGAAGUGGGAUAUGUCCCACCUCAUAGUGAAAAAUGUGGCAGAAUCUGCAGCUUUGAAGGUUAUGCAGACGUUCCUGUUCUCUGAUGUUGAAGAAAAUGCCAGAAUUUUCCUGCGCUCUCUUGCUGACAUUUUAUUUUCACCGACAGGUGCUGAAAAAUUACAGUCAUGUUUCAAACGAUGGCAAUGUGGACUUGGUCGCAUCAUAUUAGCAAUCCCAACAGGACCAGAGAUAAUUAGGUUUGUUAUAAAGAAUUAUUUUCCUCAGGACUUAAAGUACAUAGCAGAUAUGCUCAUAAAAAUGGUUGAAGAACCAGUUCCUUGUGAAACCAUCCCUUGCGACUUAAUGAUGGAAGUGUCAUCUGUUAAAGUUGAAACCUAGAAACAAGUGAUUUUUUUAAAUUUUACGCUAACUUUAAAAGGUAUGGGAUGAGACUUGUCCUUUACGUUAUGAAUAACAGUUUUGUUACUUAAAUAAAUACUUGUACAUAUA